AACAAUCUCUAUCCUCAAUCAAAAACAGCAACUGCUGGAGAAGUUUAGUAGGUCUGACAGUUAUGUGUGGAGAGAAAGCACAAUUAACGUUUCCAGUCCCUUCUUCUCUCAACAGUGGGGGCAGGUCCAGCACGUUGCUACAAAAGAAGAAUCUCCAAGAAAAGUUGCAGCUUCGAUACACUGAAAUUGCUCUCAGGACCCAACCUCCACCCAAGCUCCCAGUUGGCCCUAGCCAUAAAUUUUCAGAUAACUACUACUGUUUACGAGAUGGUCGUCGAGAGACAUUUCCACCUACUGUCAUUUGGUCAUCGCAGAAAGCGCUAGCAGCGGGAACACAGGCGCCCAGUGGCCAAGGUACUGAAGUAACUAAGGAAGUUGGGAAACCUGUUCUACCUGGGCAGCCAGUCAAGUUGAAGCUUUCCACGGAUCAGCCGUAUCUGUGACUGGAGGGUGAUUGAGAUUAUCAUGAACUUUAACCUUUUAUGGUAGUACUGGCAAUGGAAAGAAGUUUAAAGUACUGGAGCUGCAGCAUUGGACAGCCAGAUUGGAACCUGGAGUUUCUGUCACUUUUUGGGGUUUAAUGGCUCCUAAUGUAAAUCAGCUUAGUAAUUAUCCAAGUUAAUAAAGCAAAUGGUGUUUUGUGCA